AUGAGGCUGGUCCUGGUCAAACCUACCAAUGAAACGGGCCUUCUUGACUCCACCGGGGCUGCACGCAGCGAAAGGGUGCCGGAGCAUUGCAACGCAAAGCGGCACUCGCAAUCCGCCGCAGGUGAGGGGGGUAUGCAGCAUCGGUACUCUGGAGCUGUCCACCAGCACCACCACCACCUCGCGGAGCACAGGGGCGUCCAGAGCACCGCUGCCCCUAGACAAACCACCCCGGUGUGCAGUCUGUCUGAGCCAAAAGAGAGCCAACAGAAGCUGCCCAGCCCAUUUGGUUCAGCAGCACCAGUGCUAAGCCAAGGGAGCAACCCAAGUCUGCCAGACUGUUCCAAACACUCCCUAAAUCGGCAGCAGAGCAUUCAAGGAGCUGCCACGCAAGCGGAGAGGUUGGACCCCCAGUGCAAGCAGUGUCGCUUGUCAGAGUCGGGGAAUCCAUGCGCCUGGAGUGCGUCGCAAUCGGGUCAGCAUCAUUGCCAAGCAGAUCCUUUCGCGUGCAGCUGCGGAUUGCACGAGCAACAGCAUCAAACACAGCGUCACAAGCCGAACCAUUCGAAACCGCUCGUUUUGUGCAAUCCGACAGACGUGCAGCCGCAGCUACAGGUCCAGCAGCAGCGGUUGCUGAGGAGCAGCCUGCCCAACUGCUGCGUGCGGGGAUCCGUGGAGCUGAGAAGACAGCAGCCCUCUCUGCUGCAGCACUUCCACUCGCGACAGUGCCAUCACGCCCGUGCAUGCACGCCUGAUAGAUGCCAGAGAGCCAGGAGCUCCGUUUCACCGCGGAGUAAAAGCAGUCCGCUCUCCUCCGACAGUCGGCUGUGGCUCGAGGAGAAUAAACACAGACACGAAGGGCAGAAGGUGAAUGCGGAUGCCAACAGGCUGAGCCAUGCUGGAUCGCGGCCUUCCCUGUCCCAUGGCGGCCAGCAGUAUCCUCAGAUAGCCAUGAACAGCUGCAAGUACAAUGGGGGCAUAAUCAGACCACUCGGCAGUCUGGGGGCAUCCCGGAGGAACCUAGCAGAGCUGGACUCUGAGACCCAGCCUUUGCAGACCCUACACACUUCUGGGCUGGAGGUGUUGGUCUCCAAAGGGAACGGGGAAGACCCAAGUAAGCAGUCUACUGAGAACCUGGUGAGACGAAGACCAAGCAGUGCUCCACAUAAGAAGAACAAGGACAUUGGCUAUAAGCUUGGGCAUCGGAGGGCGCUGUUCGAGAAGCGCAAACGCCUUAGUGACUACGCCCUGAUUUUUGGAAUGUUUGGGAUUGUUGUUAUGGUGACAGAGACCGAGCUCUCCUGGGGAGUUUAUACAAAGGAAUCCUCAUAUUCAUUUGCACUGAAAUGCCUUAUUAGCCUCUCCACUGUUAUUCUGCUCUGUCUGAUCAUAAUGUACCACGCACGAGAGAUUCAUCUCUUCAUGGUGGACAAUGGGGCAGACGACUGGCGGAUAGCCAUGACAUACGAGCGUAUCCUCUUCAUCAUGUUGGAGCUCCUGGUGUGUGCCAUCCACCCCAUUCCUGGUCAGUACGUCUUCACGUGGACCGCACGCCUGGCCUUCACCUACACCCCAUCUGUGGCCGACGCAGACGUGGACAUCAUCCUCUCCAUUCCCAUGUUCCUGCGGCUGUAUCUAAUUGGCCGGGUCAUGCUCCUGCACAGUAAGCUCUUUACGGACGCCUCGUCACGCAGUAUCGGAGCGCUCAAUAAGAUCAACUUUAACACACGCUUUGUCAUGAAGACUUUGAUGACUAUUUGUCCAGGCACAGUGCUGCUGGUUUUCAGUAUAUCAUCAUGGAUCAUUGCUGCCUGGACUGUGCAUGUCUGUGAGAGAUACCAUGAUAAAGUCGAAGUCACCAGUAACUUCUUGGGAGCCAUGUGGUUGAUCUCUAUAACCUUCCUGUCCAUUGGUUAUGGAGACAUGGUGCCUAACACGUACUGUGGGAAGGGAGUGUGUCUACUUACUGGAAUCAUGGGGGCUGGCUGCACUGCCUUAGUGGUUGCUGUCGUAGCCAGAAAACUAGAGCUCACCAAGGCUGAGAAGCAUGUUCAUAACUUUAUGAUGGACACUCAACUCUGCAAAAGAGUGAAAAACACGGCUGCUAAUGUACUCAGGGAAACAUGGCUAAUCUACAAACAUACUAAACUUGUGAAGAAGAUCGACCACGCCAAGGUCCGGAAACAUCAGCGCAAGUUUCUGCAGGCCAUUCAUCAACUGCGAAGUGUGAAGAUGGAGCAGAGAAAGCUGAAUGACCAAGCAAACACGCUGGUUGACUUAGCAAAGACACAGAAUGUGAUGUAUGAUCUGGUCUCGGAGCUUCAGGAGCGCAGCGAGGAGCUAGAAAAGCGGAUUGGUCACCUAGAGACAAAACUGGACUCCAUAAACAGCAGUCUGCAGGCUCUGCCUGGCCUGCUCUCACAAGCCAUACAACAGCAACAGCACCUCCUGCUGGAUGGGCUGACACAGCGCGGAUUCACCCUCACACAACCCUCGUCGCAGGCCUCUGAGCGUUCCUGGACGUCAUCAGUACACCGACGACGAUCACCCUCGACUGCACCACACACGUCCUCUGACAGUGGCUAGCAAGCUUGCACACACUCUAAACCAUACUUUAAAACACCCACACACACUCCCACAGACCUCUGUUAUCAACUAACACUGCUAAAUAUACUUUUAGUACUAAAACGUUAACAAGAAUGACAACUUCAACACAAAGAGAAAACAAUUUAAUGAUUUAACACAUGGUAGAGAUAUGGUUUAUGUUUAGCCAUUGUAUGGCUGAUUAAAGUUAGCUUUUUUGUAAAGCCCUUGUAUAGUAAUGGACUGGAUUCAGAUUGCAGAGGGGUGGAAUGGAUUUAUAUAAAGGUAUAGUUAGGGGGGAAAACAUUAAAUGGAAUUAAACCAAUGAAAAUGAAGAGGAUUUAAAUAAAAAGGAUAAAUGCAAUGGAGAGGAAGUCACCUGAAAGACUUCCUGUCCAUGACAGUGUUUGAAGAUGUAGGCUGAAGAUGUUCGGAAUGUGAUACUAAUUUGCCAUUUACUAAAUACUGCACAGUAUACUGUACACUGUAUACUUCCUACUAUUAAAAAAAGUAAAUGAAACGGUAGGAUUUAUUCCAAGAUAAAUGUUCUAAACAAUAGUGUGCUACAUUGUUGACACAUGACCUCAUCACAUUGCACGUGAAUGGCAUCAGGUUAUCUUGGAAAUAAAAAUAGUUAUUUUGUAUUUUUAGUUCAGUUUCAUCUUAAUUCAAUGUCUUAAAUUUUGCCCGUAAAUAAUAAGCCAAAAAAGAGAUUUUGUGAAAUUGUGGUUGUAAUUACUUUGUAACACUGGAAGUGGAAGACAAGUAGAGUGUGCUCUGUUGUAUAGUGCACAUUUUGGCAAAUGUAGUACGUCAUCUGGGUGUUCUAUGCAUAUAGAAAAAUUGCAUACUGGACACAGUAUACAGUACAUACUUUGUACUGCAGGAAUAGUAAGACUCAUAAGUUAGUAUGCCAUUCCAAACAAAGCUUUAGAGCUGAUGGGGCUGAGCAGGGGCCUUUGGAAGAUAAAUGGGUGGAUGGUUGAAAACUAAAGGUUCAAUUGAUCUUAGGUAUUCAAAGUCAAAAAGGUAAUAAUAAAAAAGCAAGAAAGUCAUAAAUUAAAUAGUGUUGCCAAAUGCAUAUUUUAGUUUUUGCAGUCCAAUUAGACUGAUAAAUCUUUCCAUAAAUCAUGCCACACAAACUUUCCUUAUAUCAUUCUGACCAUACAUGAGUUCUAGGAAGAUAAUUUGCAUUAUCAUAAUAGGAAUAAACAAUAAAAUGCUCAAACAAAAUGUUGUGCUGUACGUGCACUGGGCUCCCACAAUUUUUGAUCUAUGAGUUUCAAAGAUUUUUCCAUUACCUUUCCAGUUGUUUUCAGUUAAAACCAUUCAAAUUCAUAAACGAUUCAUUAAUGAAUCAUUCAGACCAAUUUGUGAGCCGGUUUGACUGAGUCAUUGAAAAUUACCAACUCAAAAGAACGGUUUGCUCACAAAUCAGACAUCACUAUGGCUUGUAAGGAAGUUUUACUCAACACAAGAGCAAUAUUUAACCAAUUAAAUAUUUUAGAGCAGAGAACUAGAAAAAUGUAUAUUUGUUAUAGAAAUUCUCAUGACUUUCACAAUUAUAUUUCUUUCCAUGAAUUUUACAAAAUUUCCUGAUUCCAGGUUUUCCCUCGCCAUGGGAUCCCUGCUUGCAAUUCCGAUAAGGAUAUAGAAGCCUUCCAGCAACUUUUUUUUUGUGUCUUACUGACAACUUUAGAGGAAUCACAUAAUACAAGGUCAAUCACCAUCUAGUACAAUUCAUUCAUAAAUGUAGGCAGAACUUCCAAGGGUCUUUACAGCUCCAAUGUACAAGGGAGCCUGGGGACAUAACAGAACAGACUUGGCUGAAGGAAAUACACCCCACCCCUUGCAUGUUUCAGUGCAAAUGAUGAUAAUGAUUUUCUCUUAAUUUUUCCUUUGUUUUUGUUUUUGUUUUUCUCUCCUUUUUUACAGAGAUUCCUUUUUAUUAUUUACAUAGAUUUGUAUAGCUUUUAGGGGAUAGGCAGGGUGGCAGCAUAGUUCAAAACAUGCAUUCAUUGAUCAAAUACUGUGUGAAAACAAUUCACCUAAAUGAGAAUGUAGAAAUUAACAAGAGGAGAUGAAUCCCACACUUGGAUAUUCUGAUCAAUUACAUGAAAUUAACUGAUUUGGUUCCCAGUUCUGGGUUUAGAAUGAAAAUCAUCCAGAUGUAAUUGUCUUUAUGGGUUUGAAAAACAGCAAACUGCCUUUACUGUGUGUCUUUGGCCUUGUUGACCAAGCUGUAGCAGAUUUACAUAAUGUUGGGCUCCAAUUUAAAGGAAUAAAUGAAGAAAUUCAGUACCUGGUUACGCUGAAUUUUUAUCGACCUUUUCUUUAUAUUGGAAAUGUUGUCUGUACAUAACAGGCUUUCAAUGCCAUCAGAUUACAAAUUCAGAUUUUAUGUAGAUUCUUCACUGUUUCAAAUCCAUAACCUCUAACUUGCACAUUUGUAUAGGACAACAACAGCAUAAGGCUUACACUCAGUGGUAAUGAAUGACACAGGAUGUAGAAAUAGCAGUUCCUGUAUUACUUGCAGUUAACCAUCUAUAGAAUUUUUGUGCAGAAGAAAAUGGACAGCAUUUUUAGCCCACAUAUAACAAGGCACUUUAAAGCCUGUAACUCAAGUGCUUUCAUUUUCCUGAUUGUUCAUCCAUCCAUCUAGUCCUCUAUACUGUACCUCCUCUGCAUUUGUGCAUUCACGCACUCUUUUGUGGCUUGGCACAACAAAAUGAAUCCAAGUUUAUCUUCACAAAUUCAACUGAUUCAACUAAAAAAGUGUUUUGUCAGCUUUAUUUAAUCCAUGUGUGUUCGCACAACAUUAAUAUUUUUUCUUUGGUUAACUGAAACUGGGCAGAGGAUUUCUA